UCUAGGCGUCUCGUGUCAUGCUGCAGCCGUAGCCACGCUACAUGCCUGGCCAAUGAUUCAUGGUUAACUCGCCUGCUGAUCAGAUUGUUUGGAUGAAAUGAAAGCUUUGCCUGAUGCUCUGAUUCGACGUUGUGGUGCAACAGUGCUGCUUCUGUGCUUUCUUGAACGGCAAAUUGCAUGCAUCCUACCCAAUCAAGGCAGCCAAAAAAAAAAGGUUUGCGAAAGGAACCCGAGGGGUUUGUCUCAAAAGCUGCUCCCACGAAUUCGAGGAGCAGCAACCAAAACUCUCUCCGCAAGCUUCAAAUCCAAACCCCAAAGAAAAACCCAACCGACUACCACUCCCCCUCCCACGGCAGCCACUCCACCAUGCCCCCUUGCCACCGCCGCUGCUGAGUGAGGAGCAGCCGUCCACUCCUCCUCGAAGCGAUCAAGCGUACCCCGCCCGCCCAUGGACCCGGCCUCCGAGGAGCUCGAGCGCCGCAGCCGCUACCUCGUCUCGCUCGUCCGCCGCACCAAGCUCGCCGACCCGUCCCAGCCCGAGCCGGAGCCGGAGGUGGAGGUGGAGCCGAAGCUGAAGUCAGCGGAGCCCAGUGGCGGGGAGGGUAAUGGAGGUAAAGCGGAGGCGGAGGCCAAGGAAAAAACAAAGGUGAAGGCGAAGGAGGAGAGGAAGGUGGUGGUGCGGGUGCGGGCGGCGGACAUGCCUCUGCCGCUGCAGAGGCGCGCGGUCCGGAUCGCCAUGGAGGCCGUCGCUGCCAUGCCUCGGCUCGAAAGCAAGCGCCUCGCGCUCGCGCUCAAGAAGGAUUUUGAUACAACAUACGGGCCUGCGUGGCACUGCAUUGUCGGCACAAGCUUUGGUUCCUAUGUCACUCACUCGUUGGGAGGUUUCUUGUACUUCUCCGUUGACAAGGCCUACAUUCUUCUCUUCAGAACCGCUGUCGAUCCACUUGGCUAUCUGCGAUAAGAUCUGGAAUCUAUUCACUCACACAAGUGUAGAUGCAGUGCAAUUUGUAUAAUUUUUAAGAGAAGCUGUAUUAGAUGCUCAGCGCGCGGUGCGUUUGAGUAGUAGAGCACUGCAGUGGUAAAUGUUCAUCACUCCUCUGCAUACAGAACUGCAGAACAACCAAGCCUCUGUAACCCUUACAAUUUACCACGCGAACGGUUGCUUUGUAAACUUUCUUGUACCGUGGAGUUACGACGAAUGUAGCCUGACUCAAAGCUCGAGGUUUA